AUGGAUCCUCAUUUCGGGCUGCCUUUGCAAUUUCCAAGUGCCUUUUCUUCGGUCCACACUCCUAUUCCUGUAGACCAGAGGACACACGAAGGACGCUAUGUGUGGGAGCCGAGCCGACUCCACGCAGCACUCGCCCACUCUAACAGACUUUGUGCUGCCAGUGGUGGCAACAACCUGCCGGACUUCUCCCAUUUUGCCACUCGGAGGGAUCUUAGCAAUGGCCAUGUUGAUUUCCCACCUCAUUACAGAAUUAGUCCGUACAUGGAGCAAGUUUUAUCUUCUUUACAUGGUGGAUCUCCGAUGGGACCUUCUAUGGUUCCUGAUGGACGAGUACCUUUGUCCAUGGAUUACUUGCAACAAGUUUCUAUGCUUCAUCAAAGAAAUUUGCUUGAUGUAAAUAAUUCCUUGCAAGCCGCUGCAGCAGCAGAUUUGUCUCACGGAAUUGACGGAUCUCAAAUUGGAAGUCCCAAGUCUUCAUCUCGUCAUGGCAGAAAACGAGCUCUUUCCAGUUCUCCGUAUUCUGACUUUGACAUCAAUUCGAUGAUCCGUUUUUCUCCGUGUUCCUUGGUGUCUAUAAUGAAUGGAUCUAGAAGUUCUAGCCGAAGUGGUUCAUACGGGCAUUUAUCAGCAGGUUCCUUAAGUCCAGCUUUGGGGGUGUCUCCUCCGGCUGUGCUUCCUCAUUUCCAUCAACUCCAUCAUUUAAUGCGGCAAAGUCUCCCCACGCCAUUCCUAUUGCCUCCUACUAGCUUGACCCAGCCUCCAAUUUUUCCUGCUCAUAUAGCCUCACCUAUAACAGUCAAGGGUCCAUUGAGUGCAGGCAAUACUCCAAGCGAAGCCGCAACAGUUAGUUCUAUAGCCAGUGGAAAACAUUCCACAGAGUCUUCGAGAAUCCCCAUUUUAGAGUGCGGAGCUGAUGAAGAAAAGGAAGCUGCUUCCGAUUUGAAGGAUGAACCCGGUGACUUCAUCGAAACUCACUGCAGAUGGUGCGGUUGUGACCGUGAAUUUCCAUCUCAGGAAGAUCUUGUGAAACAUAUUUGUCAAGACCACAUUCAUAGCAAUAAAAAAGCCUUUAUUUGUCGCUGGAAAGAUUGCUCCAGGGAAGAAAAGCCCUUCAAAGCUCAAUAUAUGCUUGUCGUUCAUAUGCGGAGACACACAGGGGAGAAACCCCAUAAGUGUACGUUUGAAGGGUGCUAUAAAGCAUAUUCUCGUCUGGAAAACUUGAAGACCCACUUGCGCUCGCACACUGGAGAGAAACCAUAUCUCUGUGAAUUUCCCGGUUGUACCAAAGCUUUCAGCAACGCUUCUGAUAGAGCGAAGCAUCAAAAUAGAACCCAUUCUAGUGAAAAACCGUAUGUUUGCAAAGCUGAAGGGUGUACAAAGCGAUAUACUGAUCCUAGCUCUCUAAGGAAGCACGUGAAAACAGUUCAUGGCCCUGAGUUCUAUGCCAAGAAAAAGCAUAAAGGCGAGGAAAAGGAUGGAAGCUCUGGAGGAUUGAACGAGGGUAAAUCUAAAGACAAAGCUCAGAGUGAAUCACCGCACUCUAAUCCUGAAACCUUACAAAGCAGCCAGAUAAACGGGAAUAGUUCGACAAGUUCAAGACAAAGGAAGGAACAAGGUCCUCAAGGCAAAGGCACUGGAACUCACAAUAGCCGUUGCUUGAAAAGUGAAGUUCCUAUUAGUGACAAUUGCGUAUCCACUACCAGUGGAUUGGAAGAAGUCUGUGAAAGAGAAGGUUGGGAACCGGCAGAGUACGAAGAAAGUGGAUACUUAUCUUCUGCUCUCUGCGCUGUUACGUCCAGUGGUGAAAUUCCUCAAGUCAAAAUUGGUGAUGAUUCUCAAAGAAGAAGACAAAACAGUACUAGUUCAGCAAGUACAUUUUAUGGAAGCAUGUCAUCUGAUGUCAGUAGUCAAAGCCAGGAUACCAGUAAAAACAAUAACAAGUGUUCUUAUACAUCUCCAAGUACUCACAGUGUUCAAUCUUCAUGUGAUCCUCUUUCUCUCUGGAGUUCUCGCCGCUCAAGUGAAAAUGGUAGUUUGGACCGCUUAUCUCCAAAAAGUUUUAUGCAAAUGCAAUCUUUGCAAACGGAAGUAGCAAAGGUGGAGUUCAAAUCACUUUCUGAUGUUCCAAAAGAGGAAAAGGAAGAUUUAUGCGAUGAGGAAGAAAGUGAUAUUUCUGGGCUACUAGUAGAAAAAUCAGUUUCAGACUAUUAUAAAUCACAAGAAUAUCAGGCUGAUAUGUUUUUCCCUCCACCGUCUGAUACUAGUAUAAUUUCAAAUGACUCACAUUCACAAAGUAUAGUAGAUACAUUGGCUUCUGUUUCCCAACCUUCACCCUAUAUCCAUGGUAAUAAUAAUCCCCUUAAUUCGAGCGCGGAAAUAAGCAAAAAUGCAAUAAAUAACGAAAGUUCGACAAUUAUUAGCAAUACAUCAGAGCCAGAUGCAUUAGAUUGCAGUAAAGACCUCCUUCUUCCAGAUGAUGUAGUUGAUUAUCUUUAUAAAGUGACUCAGCAGGAAGAUAAUAGCUCCGACCUUUGCUUCCAAAAAGGUCCAGAUCUACCUGAUAAUACAUUUCCUCCUCACAUCAGGUCUAACUGUUGUGCCGGAUGUAAAAGAGAACCAUCAGAGAAUCAACACUACCAAACCCCUUGUUGCAAUAUAUCUAAUUCUGAAACACAGAAAUGUUACAACCAAAGUUGUAUAGCAUCUCAUCACAUCAGUUUAGGAACUAGCAGUUGUCAUAAUCCAGUUCAGAGUAAUUUCAAUCAAAAUCAAAUGACUUUUCAAAAUUCGGUGACUAAUGUAUGUAAAAAUGAGUAUACGCAGCAAGCUUGUAAUCAAGUCCCUAGUCAAAAUAUGACGAAUUUUUGUCCACAACAGCAAGCCUGGAGUAACCAAAAUAUCCAAGCAGGAAACAGUUUUCCAAAUCAAAUGUGCUCCCAUAACAUGAGCACAUCAUUUCAUUGCAAUCAACAGCAUUAUACAAGUCCUCCUUAUCAUCCAUCAAACCAAUAUGCAAUGAAUAAACACCAAAGUCAGCCGCAAGUUUUUGAAAACAGAUGCUUAAUGAAUGGAUGUGGAGCCUCACAUGCAGUACAUUCCCCUCCUGCACUUUGUAGUCAUCAGCAAGUUCAUCAGAUGUCGCAGCAACAAUCUGUGUAUCAGUGCAAUUCAGUCCACUGUGCAGACGUAUCUAACAGCAUGCAAAAUCAGUAUCAAACACCAUCAAAUUAUGUGUACACGCAGUCGAAUUCAUUAAUGCCGAAUUGCAACCAUUUCCCUCAACAUCAUCAGUGUUUUAACUGUAGCAAUAACUGUGGAAUGGGUCAGAAUUUUUACCAUAAUCGCUGCUAUUCUAAUAAUAUUCUGCAUUCCAGAAAUUCGGCUCAACAAUAUAAUCUGUCCAAUCAAAAUGUGCAAUGUAGACCUCAGUUGUCAAACUCGCUGCAAGAGAAAAACAAGGUGUCUGACCACGGACACCAAGAAGGAAUUUCAAGUGGGAAUUGUCAUCUUACGAAUGAAAAAGCGAUCAUUCCAGAGAAUCAAACUUACAUUCCAACUAAAUGUGAAGUCAUCUCUAAAAAUUCAUGUGCAAAUCCCGCGAAUUAUAUCAUCGGCAAAACCGCUGACAUUUCAAAAAUCAUAGAAAAUUCCAGUCUUAAUAACAGCAACUUAAAUGUAGAAUCUGCCCUUCCUACACAGCUUUCUGCACAAGCUGCCCUUCCAACGGGCAAUAUGGUUGUUAAUGAUAUGAACUCUAUGCUUUCUUCUUUAAUGGAAGAAACCAAAUACUUAAAACUUCUGCAGUAA